AUGUUCGGCUCUACUACUGCCAAUUCAACUGCUCCGUCUUUUGGUGGAUUCGGUAAUACCAAUAAUAGUAGUACAGGUGGUGGCUUAUUUGGCGCUGGCAAUAAACCACCCGCUUCGAGUGGAGGUGGAUUAUUUGGAUCAUCUAGUAAUGCCACUAAUACAAACACUACAAAUGCUUCGGGCGGUGGGUUAUUUGGAGGUAAUAAUACAAAUACAAGUAGUGGAUUUGGAGCUGGAAACACAAAUACACAACAAAGCGGAGGACUCUUUGGAAGUAAACCUGCUACCACGACAGGAGGAGGAUUAUUUGGUGCAUCGAAUAGCAAUGCACCAUCUGGUGGAGGACUAUUUGGAGCCAAUACCAAUGCAAAUACUAAUAAUGCGAGUGGUACGACUGGUGGAGGAUUAUUUGGGGGUAAUACUAGUACGAAUCAACCACAACAACAACCUCAACAACAACAACCACAACAAGGUGGUGGUUUAUUUGGAGGCGCCAGUAAUACAAGCCAACAAACGGGCGGUGGGUUAUUUGGAGGCUCCAGUAACACAAAUCAGCAACAGGGUGGUGGAUUGUUUGGAUCGAAACCACCUGCAUCAUCAGGUGGAUUAUUUGGGGGUAAUGCUAAUACGAAUCAACAACCACAACAACCACAACAGCAACAGCAAGGUGGUGGAUUGUUUGGUGGCUCUGGUAAUGCAAACCAGAGUGGAGGACUAUUCGGAUCAAAGCCACCAGCAUCAUCAGGUGGAUUAUUUGGAACUGGCAGUAACACCUCGAAUCAACAGUCGGGAGGACUUUUUGGUAGCAGUAAUACCAAUAAUCAACAAGCUGGUGGACUCUUCGGAGGUAAUACUGCAGGCCAACAAACUGGCGGCUUAUUUGGUUCAUCGUUGAAUAAACCAGCUGGAGGAGGAUUGCUCAAUAACCAACAACAACAGCAGCAGCAGCAACAACAGUUGACUGCAAUGACUAGAGUAGGUGAUUUACCAGAACCAAUCAAAAGAGAAUUACAGGAAUUCGAUAAGUAUAUCAACACACAACACCUUAUUGCCACAACAUUACAAUCAGAUUUAUCCAAGCAUGAUAGACUAAUUAAAUCCAUUCCAAAAGAUACGAAUUAUUUGUAUACAAAAUUAUCGUCCACCAAACAAGCAUUAAAGUUUGAUUCGAAUCAAUUAUUAAACUUGAAAGAAGUCAAUAAUGAGUUGAUUGAAGACAUAAAUAAAAUCAUGCAGCUUAUCAUUCAAUUAUCUACCCCAGGCACAAAGUUAUCGUCAUCGUUCCAGUUGAACGAGUUUUUCAUCAAAAAGAUAAAAAAGUAUCACGAAGUAUUGAACAACUACGAACUAAUUGUAAAUGAAGCAGAACAAGUCAUAAACGGUUUAGAGAGACUGUGUGUCGAUGGAUUCGGAGGCUUAUUCAAUAUUAUUGAAGUUAUUAAGUCACAAUUUAAUUUAUUUAUGGAACUAUGUGAAACGAUGGCUCAGUUACAUAAUGAAGUAAACAAGAUAGUCAAAUAA